AAGCGAACCCGAGAUCUUGACGAGCCAUGUAACUCUGAAAUUUUCAGCCGCGGCGUUCCCUAACUCUAAUCUAAUCCUUUCUGUUAUCUCGCUUAGCUUGCCUUUGUCACCUGUGGUUGCUUCGGAUCAGAUAAUGAUUAUCUCCUGAUCUUUUUGAUAUGAUAACUUUGAUCUUGAACCAGAAGGUCAUAUCACCCUCGACCCUCAGCCGCUUGCCCUGAUGCAGCUACAUGGGUGCGGCUGAACUCUCUCUACCAUCCACCUCGACGGAACAUCGCCGCUUCGGAGGGAAUGCAUUUGAGAUUCCACAUUUUCCCUUGUCUGAAAGUCCAGGGCUUGCACAUCAUACUUUCCAGAAUACGGUGACUACAUACAGAUUUUCCGAAAACUACCACAGCUAUCCAUGUCAAGUCGAUACAAGCACGAGCAUAUCGGCAUUUGACUCUCGACUGGGAUCCGAGGUCACAUUGUGGGGUGCUAUGAGACACGGAGCUGUCCUAAGCUUCCACCAAUGUAGCUUCUUCAAUGAGUCUUCUUCCAUUCUUGUCUUGGAGCCGACUUUCGAGUUGUGUGGUUCAGCUUGAAGAAGUGCGUGCACAAUGAGGGCCCCAAAGUCACUUCAAGUUAAACGUUAAGCAUCAAAAUAAGAAACAGCCCAGUUGCGGGAAAUCUAGGACAUUCACACCCUUAAUCUGCAGUCACAGCAUUAUCUGAUUGAUUGAUUAAGGUCGCCCC